CUCAAACAGACCGAGGAAUUCGCAAUCAACGCGUACGGUUCCACCGGUGAACAUGGAGGUCACAAUCAGCCUCACCUACCCAUGUCACAUGCAAGCAUCAACCGCAGCCGCCUUGUUGAAGACUAGGCGACCUCGUAGGCUCAUACAGCUCAAUGUAAGUCUCGGCCACACUUCGCGCCACGUCGGAGCUAGCGCGGACUGCUCCAAUUGGUCAGACAAUCAAGGAGGUCCGAUAUAAGUACAGCUUAUUGCUAUAGAGGAGCACGAGUCUAACAAGACACUAUUUCACUUCAUGAACUAUGGCAGCAGACGGGAAACCGGUCGAAGGCAGCCUCUACCUCUAUGCACCAACCAAGGCCGUGCCACCUAUCUUUGCAGCAUGGUUUCUUGGAGCUGCUAUCGUCCAUAUUUGGCAAUGCCAGCGACUCAAGUCUUGGAGCAUUACCGCGUUGCACCCUCUCUGCGCACUGAUGUUUACAGCCGGCUUUGCACUUCGCGCAUACGGCGCGUGGAACUACGACAACAUCGGAACCUACAUCACCAGCACGCUUCUAGUUUAUUGCGCGCCUCCACUGCUUGAGUUGGCCAACUAUCACGUCCUUGGUCGUAUCCUCUACUACGUUCCUUACUUUGCGCCACUCCACCCAGGACGCACACUCACCACGUUCGGCUUUCUCUCUGCUCUCGUCGAAGUCAUGAACGCGCUUGGAGUCUCUUACCUCUUGAGUCCGAAAAUCGGCGAAAGCAAACAAAAGCUUGGACACGCGCUGAUGAAGGCCUCGCUCAUCUGCCAACUGGCCGUCAUCUCGAUAUUCUGCGUCAUCGCCGCCAUCUUCCACUUGCGUUGCAGAAGGGCGAGAAUCACCUCGAAUAAAGUCCUAGGCCCCUUGUGGACGAUGUACGUGAGCAUGUCAUUAAUUCUGAUCCGCACCAUUUACCGGAUCGUUGAGCACUUUGGCACCAGCCAGAUUCCCGCGAACCCACCACCAAAUUGGGACCCAAUGUCUCUGUCGCCGAUUGUAAGAUACGAGUGGUUCUUCUGGGUCUUCGAAGCAACUCUCAUGCUCAUCAACACUGUCUUGUGGAACAUCAGACAUCCAAGACUUUACUUGCCGGAGGACUACCACAUCUAUCUUGCACAAGACGGACAGACCGAGCUCAAGGGUCCAGGUUGGAAGAAUGACCUGCCGUGGUUCAUGACCUUUAUCGACCCCUGUGGACUGACAGCGGCGGUCACGGGUAGUGGAAGAAAGAAAGAGAAGCCGUUCUGGGAGACCAAUGGUUUCACGCACGCCACAGGUGUGAGGUCUACAAGUGGGAAUGAGAAAUCGAAUGCUGUGAAAAUCUUUUGUGUCUGAUGGGCAAUUCUAGAGUAUGAUAUUCGUUGUAUCUUCAACCAACCUUUUUCCCCACAAUGGAAGUCAUAACGAUACGAAUCCUCCCUCCUCGCUGGUCCAUUGCUUUACCGCUCAAUCUCACGCUUCGGACGCUUCUUACUUCACCUUGCUUCCACCAUUCGGUAUUGGUACUUGAAGUUUGUGUGUAGCAGUUGCCUCCGUUCAACACCACCACGGUAUAAAUUGGAAGGGUCAGAAGCCGAUCUAUCCAAAGAUCAGGGCGGGCUCAC